GUGACAUACCUAAUAUGACGUGAAGCAAGAUUACCUAUCAUAAAUUUACUGUCCCUAUAUACUUUCAUUUUCGAUUCAAAAACCCUAUUUUCAAAUUGUUGUCUAUUACCAUAACAGAUGCCCAGAAACCAAGAAGACGCUCUCAAAAAAGGUCCCCUUCUGAUCAAAAUAGAACCAUGUCCAAAAACAGGAAAAGCAGAGCCGUGCUCGGAGGAGUGCACCAAAGAAUGCCUUCAAAAAUCCUACACGAUCUUCGACCCUAAACCUCCAAGAAAAAGCCGAAGAAGUUCGGAAAUACCACCGCUAGUUGUCGGAGUGGUCGAACCACCAAGAGUUUCCAUCGAAUCCACCCCAAGUUCCCACGUCGAAGAUGUUAGAGCUGAGAGCUCGGGAAACUUGAUUAAAUCACCAAAGUCUUCCUAUUCCGAAUCUUCCAACGAGAGUAAGAGGUCAUCAGGUGGAUCGCACAUAUCUGCGCCUCCUCUUCUUGUUCCUGUUCUAUCUGAGGUGCAGGAAGAAAGUGAGAUACCACCCAGGAAAAGUGAAACAUCAAACGUCAAAAGUGAAACAUCAACUGAAAAAAGUGAAGACUCCAACGAAAAAAGUGAGCCAUCCCCCGAAAAAAGUGAGACAUCAAUCAGAAAAAGUGAACCAAGUGAAGAAUCAACCAGAAAAAGUGAAAUAAGUGAAACAUCAACCAAAAGAAGUGAAACAUCAACUAUAAAAAGUGGAAUUUCAUCUGCGGAAAUUAUAAAAUCGGAUGUAUCCAAAAACGAGUCAGUGCCAGACAAAAAAGAGCCAUCCAUUGAAGACAAACCAGCCAAAGGGGAAAGUCAAGGUGCGGAUUGUGUUCUGGAAAUUCUUAUAUUGGAAAAACACAAUAAGAAGUGUGAAAACUGGAAAUUACCAGGUGAAACGACCGAUUGGCUGAAAGACUACAACAUUGUCAGCCACCACGCAGUGAAGAUCUGCCAGGGUCAACCCACACAACACCCCAUCACAUCCCAACUAAUGAAACCAUCUGAAUGUAUCUGCGAGAAGUCUACCAACGUGAACAGAUUCUCCUCUUGUCCAGUCUGUGGUCGAUGCCCGUGUCAUGGUAGAAGACCGAAACCUGGCUACGAAUCUGCUACGGACUCCGAACCUCUGCCUCCUUCUGAACCGCUCAGUCUCAGCAAUCUCUCAGAACCAGACACCUACGUCGAGAGCGAGAGUUCUGCAAGCACGAGGUACGAUUAUGUGCCAGAUUUCAGUAAGAUGGCGAUAGUUAGACCAAGGCAGGAGAAGAAGUAUCCGUUUUUCCGAAGGUGCUUCGCGAAGAACAAGAGGAAAGCUGAUGCGAGGACUACUAAGGCUGAGAUGAAGGGAAGAUGCCCGCAAUGCCCUGAACCUGUCUGUUUAGAGGGUUUGGUGAACGAUGCCAAAUGAUAAUUCGAUUUUUUUCGAGGUUUGAGUUUUCUGUUAUGUCCAAAACAUGAAAAUAUACGACACAACUUGU